CCGGCGCGGAGGUCGGACCUGGGCGGGCGGCGGGCCGCCAUGGCGUCGCCCCCGCUGGCGGCGGCGGCGGCGGCAGCGGCUGUGGGGAGCGGAGGCGAGGCGAGCUCGGGAUCCGAGGAGACGGGGACGGCGCCGCCGGGCCGCGACCUGGCCGCGCUCUUCGAGCAGGCGGCCGAGCGGCUGCCGGCGCUGCUGCCCACCGCCAGCAAGGAGCAGCUGCUCUACCUGUACGCCCGCUACAAGCAGGUGAAAUUUGGAACCUGUAACACUCCCAAGCCAAGCUUCUUUGAUUUUGAGGGAAAGCAAAAAUGGGAGGCUUGGAAAGCCCUGGGAGAUACCAGCCCUCAUCAAGCUAUGCAGGAGUAUGUUGCUACAGUGAAAAAACUGGACCCCAGUUGGAAUCCACAGAUGACAGAGAAGAGGGGAAAGGAAAGCAAAACUGCAUUUGGAGGCCCAGUUGUGAGCUCAUUAUAUCAAGAAGAAACAAUCAGGGAAGAGGACAAGAACAUUUUUGAUUACUGCAGAGAAAACAACAUUGACUAUGUAACCAAAGCCAUUCAAUCAGAAAAAGUGGAUGUGAAUGUCACAGAUGAGGAGGGCCGGGCUCUGCUCCAUUGGGCGUGCGACAGAGGACACAAGGAACUGGUUUCAGUACUGUUACAGCAUGCUGCUGAUGUUAACAGCCAGGAUGGGGAAGGCCAGACUGCACUCCAUUACGCUGCUGCCUGCGAGUUUUUGGACAUUGUGGAGCUGCUGCUGAAGUCGGGAGCCGACCCCACGCUCCGGGACCAGGAGGGUUGCUUGCCGGAGGAGGUGACAGACUGUAAAGCCAUCACUUCGGCUCUACAGCAGCACACCACUGGCAAGACCUAACCCUGCAGCAAUGCGUGGUGGGGAGGACAGAGACACUCCGCAAUAACACCCCUUCUCUUCCCCUGCUGCCCUCCGAAAUGCCUUGGAGGUUCAAAGGGGAGCUUUUAGAGCACAGGGUCUGGGUGGGCUCUCCAGCACAAGGGCUGGCUGGCCGAGCGCAUAUCCUGGGCAGGAUGGGAUCAGGGUUUUGCAUGCUCUGACAUUUAUCAGUAUUUAGGGGGGAGGGAGCAAGGGAGGGGAGAGAGGGCCUGGAGAAGGCCCCAAGUAUUGUUUUAAUGUAUUAAACACAAGUACUUCAUUGGAUGUCUCACCAGAGCAGUCUGUGCUGACUGGUCGGCUCCUCCAUGGGGAGGGGAGGGCUGCUGGGCCAGGUGAGAUGCUCAUCUUUCCCGUUCGGGUUGAGUUUUCGUUUAUUUUUUUUUCCCCUGGGUCCAAACAAAAUAUUAUAAAUAAAAGCAAAGCACAGUGUUGGG